AUGAUUCUUCACAUUGACUCUACUAAGGGAUUUAUGGUGACGGUGAUCGGUUGGCUUGCCUCGGCUAUUAUCCUGUUCAGCCUCAUCGGCAUCGACGUUCGACAGCACCAGCAAGCUCAACCCCACAAAGCUCUUAUAUAUACUCAAAACUUCUUUGCCGGAGUCAUAUCCGCCAGUCUCUACGUUCUGGUAGCGACUAUGCUCUCCAUUUACGCGAUUAGCUUUCCGCUCAGUCCGGCAGAUAGGAGAAAGAUUGAGUGUACGAGUAUUAUACUCCGGGUCAACUUCUUUGCUAUUUUGCUUCUCGGCGGGGCCGCAGUAUACAGCAACAUUGAAGACUGGUCGUUGAUGGAUUCUCUCUACUUUACCGACUACACCCUCCUAACCAUCGGCCUUGGAAAUCUUGCCCCCCAGACUCACCUAGGGCGCAGCUUGCUAUUUCCUUACGCCACCUUGGGGAUCAUUAGCUUGGGUCUGUUGAUCACCUCUGUGGCGUCUUUCACUGAUCAGAUGAGGGAAUUUAAACUUAAGCGCAAGAUCGAAGAAACUCGAAGAGAGGUCCAUAACACAGACUCGAAGAAAACAACCGAUGAUAUAUCAAGAGUUGAGGGCGUCGAGUCUCGAUACCCUUUUUUCAGAAGUCGUAUCCCAAGAUGCGAAGAGAUCAUCAAAGUACGCAGUGCUAGAUCCGCAUUCUAUCGAAAGGCGAUAUGGGUCGAUCUAGCGUUAUUUCUAGCCGCAUGGUUCGUUCUGUGGCUCGUCAGUGCGGGUGUUUUUCACUGGUCCGAGAAGGAAGCCGGUUGGUCCUAUUUUGUGGCUCUGUAUUUCACCUACACAUCCCUCACCACGAUCGGGUAUGGGGAUUAUUUCCCCACAAGCAAUUUCGGGAAGGUUUUCUUCGUCUUAUGGUCUUUACUGGCCAUUCCGAUCUUAACAAAUUUGGUUACGGUAAUCGGCAACGUUUUCCACAUGUGGCUGGUCUUUUGCUCGAGUUGGAUCAGGCGACACGUAUUCCGCAGAGGUGGCAGGAGUGAGCACGACCAUGAGUACAUGCGUCGUUCCUGGGGGGCAUCGGGCUUUAUUGCGUCGAACGAACCUCUAAAGCCGGAGUUACGAGAUCCUGGGAUUGAUAUUCAGUGGCGGGCCCAGGGUAAUUCGAACGGCGGGCAAGGCUCACCAGCUGCGCAUAUGGGUUUUGAACCAAGCCACUCGAUUCAAGACGAGCAACACCGAAUUAUGUCUAGAACGGCUUCGACGCACUAUCGGCUGUUGCUUUUAGAAGAAAUCGAAGAUCUCAUUUCCAUGACAAGGGACGAUUCACUUGAACCUCAGGAAGAGCUCUGUUGUAGAUGGUCGAGAACCAUCCCUCUGCUUCAGGCCAAGGGCGAUACUAGCCGCCUCUCUGAGCUCCUGCCACUGUUCUUGUCCGCAGAGUCUGAAAGAACGACGGUGCAGAUGCGCAAGGACCGCAAGAAGGAACUAUUCGAGAGAAAUGUCGAGAUCUUAUGGAUGGUAACCUUGAUAGUGGAAAAGCUUUCUUCGGACUUACAGCAGGAACUUGUUGAGACGAUUUGA